AUGGCAACUCUUCCUCCUCCUCAGCUAGAAAAGUUAAAAAAUGCAGCAAAAAAUAAUGCACCGACUGAAAUUCCAGAACAUUUUCCAAAUAUACUUUGUCGUUUUAAAGCACUGGAUGGAACAUGCCUUCCUUCUACAUUAAUUCCAAGUAAUAUUUCAUGCACUGAUAUGGGAAUGCUUUUGAAUAAGCUUUUGGAAAAUAACGAGCGAAUACCAUAUGUGUUCUCAGCAGAAAUUGAAGGAGAAAUCGUUGAAAUUAAAGAAAACAUAUAUUUUUCUAUAUAUCAUCAUAAUUUAAAAUCGACAGAAGAUGAAUUAACUCUGAUUUAUAUUCCUCAAGCGAUAUUUCGUGUUCGACCAAUUAAUAGAUGUACAGCAACGAUUAGUGGCCAUGGAAAGCCAAUUCUUUGUUUGCAAUUUUCCCCAAAAAGUGGGUCAUAUCUUUCAACAGGAAGCGGAGAUGGAAAUGUCAGAAUAUGGGAUUGUGAUACAGGAACACCAUUACAUAUUCUGAAAGGUCAUUCAAAUUGGGUUUUAUGUGUUUCAUGGUCUCCUGAUGCAAAACUUCUUGCUUCUGGAAGCAUGGAUAAUACUAUUCGACUUUGGGAUCCUAAAACAGGAAAAAAUCUUGGAGAACCACUUAAAGGACAUACGAAGUGGAUAACAUCGUUGUCUUGGGAGCCUAUUCAUUUAGCCAAAAAUUCAUUACGCUUUGCAUCUUCAUCUAAAGAUACUACCAUUAGAAUCUGGGAUGCAAAUUUAAAACGUGUAGUUUUAACGCUGUCCGGUCAUACAUCUUGUGUAUCAUGUGUUAAAUGGGGAGGAAAUGGUUGGAUUUAUUCUGCAUCUCAUGAUAAAUCAGUGAAAAUUUGGGAUGGAGAAAAUGGAAAACUUUUGUAUACUUUAUCGGCUCAUGCACAUUGGGUUAAUACAAUGGCAUUGUCUACUGAUUUUGUUUUAAGAACAGGCGCUUAUGAUUAUACUGGAAUAGAACCAUCAUCUUUUGAAGAAAUGAAACUAAUGGCAAAAAAAAAAUAUGACAAAAUCAUUGCAUCUACUGGAAAUAAAGGAGAAAGAUUAAUUACGGGUAGUGAUGACUUCACUAUGUAUUAUUGGAAUCCAGAAGAAUCUACUAAACCAGUUAAAAGAUUAACAGGUCAUCAAAAUUUAGUUAAUCAUGUUUCAUUUUCACCAGAUGGACAAUGGAUUGCAUCUGCAUCAUUUGAUAAUUCCGUAAAAAUUUGGAAUGGCUUAACUGGAGAAUUCAUUACAAGUUUUAGAGGGCAUGUUGCAUCUGUUUAUCAGUGUUCAUGGUCAAGUGAUUCUAGAAUGCUUGUUAGUUCAUCAAAAGAUACGACUUUAAAAGUAUGGGAUAUUCGUGAGAAAAAGUUAAAGUGUGAUUUACCGGGCCAUUCUGAUGAAGUAUUUGCAUGCGAUUGGAGCCCAGAUGGUACUCGAGUAGGAUCAGGAGGGAAAGAUAGAAGUAAAAGGAACUCUAGACAAACAAAUAAAUAA